AUGGUAGAAGAAAUGAAAAAAUUAAAUGAUGUAAAUAAAACAAUCAUAUCUGAAGAGAAACAGUUUCAUAAAGAACUUGAAAAGGGUAAUUCAGAGAUUAUAGAAGAAAUGAAAAAAUUAAAUGACGUAAAUAAAAAAAUCAUAUCUGAAGUUGUUGCAAUUAGAGCCGCUAUUGAUGGAAAUGAAAGCAAACUUACGCAUAUAGAUAUAUCUGGUGCCAAGCUAUCUGGUGAGAUUGCUAGUUUGAAGUCUGAAUUAAAUAGGUCAUUUGCCAGUGUCGUUAGUGGUGAGAUGAAAAAAGGCGUUCAAUCAAUUAAUCAGGACGUGAAAAUUGUUCAAAAAAAGUUGCAGGAUGUCGUCGAUAAUAAGGAAAGAGAAGCUAAUAUAAUAAUGUUCAAUUUGAAGGAAGGAUCAGACGACAAUGCAAGAGUCUGCCAAAUAUUGGAUCAUUUGACUGAAGGGGUAUGCGGAGAAAAAAAUGUUCUGAAAAUGAUGAGAGCUGUACUUAAAAAGUUGCUCAAAGAAGCCAAGGAGGCGGAGGAGGGUUGCAAGCAAGGUUUUUUAUAUCGAGUGAUAGGAGAGGUGAAUGGUAUUCAUGGAUUGAUAUGUGAUGGGCUUGAUAUCUUGGUGCUUACUGAGACUUGGCAUGUGGUUGGUAAUAAUUCAGUUCGGUUGGCUAUGCCACCUGGGUUCUGGUAUGUUGACUAUGUUAGGCAGCACGAUCCAGGUCAUGGUGGCUUAAUUGUAUAUUUCCGUAAAGAUUUUGGAUAUAAAAAUCAUGUACAUGAACCAACUCACGAGCAAGGUGGUAUUCUUGAUCUGGUUAUUAGUUCAAGCAAUUUUCCGAUUUUGGGAGUUGAAAUAUUUCCAAGUGGAAUGUUUUCAGAUCAUGGUUUUGUAAAGCGCUCCUCAAUGAAUUUUGAAAACAGAUGGGUCUUGAGAUCCGCUCUGAACUUCGCAAGUGAUGGAGAAAUAGUUAGAGAAGUAGGUAGAGAGUUCCAGAGAUAUGGCCCAGAAAAAGCAAAAGCAGAUUUGGCAAAAGAGUGUUUAACACGAGUUAAGAAAAAGCGAGAAGAAGAAGACGAUCGUAAACCGGGGCGUUUAGAAGGAUUAAGUUUAAGACACAUAGAAUCAGACCAAGCGAUAAUCAAAGAAAGACAUAGAGAUAAAUUAUGA